AAAAAAAAAAAAAAAAACAAAUCAUGUUCGGCCUCCCGGACGCAAAACGCGUCCGUCGAGAUGACCUCCUCACCCGUGAAUCCUCCUCAUCCCCCUCUCCGCCCCCAGAAUCCGAAUUCCCCGACGCGCAAAAACGCCUCAGCGCACUGCUGAACUUCGACAUCGGUCUCUCAACGACAACCACGACCACAGCCGAGCCGCAAGAGCCGACGAAAGAUGACGAAGACGAGGAACAGGAGUUUGAGUUCCGGCUAUUUUCUGCGCCGGUAUCUGCUCCGCAAAAACCUGGAAUUAGCGGCGAUGGGAAGGAUUACCAAAAGAAGGCUGGUGGUGACACAACAGCGCCGACUACAACUACGAGUACAAACGAGUUUGGCGGUGCGCAAAAGUUACGAAUCCGACUACGGUCUCCGACACCCACGGCUGUGGGGAGCGGGGAGGGACGCUUCGUAAAUCCGUUCAGAGGGUGGAGCUACUAUUUCUCUGCGCCGGGGUUGUUAUCCGGUGAAAAUAAGAGUGAAACAGGGGACGAGGAUGCGGGUGUGUUGCAGAAGAGGAAGCAAUUCGAGGAUGUGGCCGUGAGCGGCGAGGAUAUGGUCAAAUUUGCGGGGGUGUCUUGGCCUGGCUGUCACUUGCCUUGGCGGGUGAUUCAUCUAAAACGAGAGCAUACGAAACUUCCGAAGGAGGAGAAGGGGGCGGCGUCUAGUGCUAUGGCAUAUACCGCAGGCGCACCGGAAAGGGAGCCCUUGUCCCGUAAGAAGCCUGGGAAGAAGCGACGUAUUCAGUUACGGAAACGAGCUUCCGUGGCGGAGAGGGCGAAAGAGACAGAGGCAGAGAAACGCAACCGGAAAAAUCGGGAGAAAAAAAUGAAGCGAAGGCAAAAAGCGAGAGAUCAAAAGGCGGCGGCUACAUCUACUGGAGGUGAUGGCCCCGUAACGGGGCUUGACGAACAUGAUUCAGGGCAAGAGAGUGAUUGAAGACUAAGAGCCAUAGCCCCUUCAGUAGGAUAUGAGAUAAAUGACAUCCAUUUUCUGUAGGCUGUAUGUAUUCAUUCACUA